GAGCGGGGAGGCGAGAGAGUAGAGGGCCCCUGGAGGGAACAGCCGAGGUGCGGGUCCGAGAAGCCGUACCCCGUGCGGGAGCAGCUACAGCGGCGGCAACAUCCAACGGCGGUACCAGCAGUUCCAACCCGUUGCUUUACUUUUUAGCUGCACGAACAUAAUCACUAUGCCGAAGAGAAAGUCUCCAGAGAAUACAGAGGGCAAGGAUGUAUCCAAAGUAACUAAACAGGAGCCCCCAAGACGGUCUGCCAGAUUGUCAGCGAAACCUGCUCCACCGAAACCUGAACCUAAACCAAGAAAAACAUCUGCUAAGAAAGAACCUGGAACAAAGAUUAACAAAGGUGCUAAAGUGAAGAAGGAGGAGAAGCAGGAAGCUGGAAAGGAAGGUAUUGCACCAUCUGAAAAUGGUGAAACUAAAGUUGAAGAGAUCUACAUCUCUCGCUCAACUGUUAGUGUCUCAACCUCCAGAGGUACCCCACCCAGCACACUGUCAGUAAAAGGGCAGAUUGAAACAGUGAGAGUUAAGGGCACAGAAAACUGAAUCUGUAGAUAACGAGGGAGAGUGAAUUGUCAUGACAAAUUGGGGUUGAUUUUAUGUACCUCUUGGGACAACUUUUAAAAGCUAUUUUUACCAAGUAUUUUGUAAAUGCUAAUUUUUUAGAACUCUACUAGUUGGCAUACAAAACUAUAUAAGAAUGGACAUUUUACCUUCUCAUAAUUAAAUCUUUUUGGAAAUUUCCAUCAUCCUCAAGUAAAAUAAAUUUACUAUUGGAAGCUGUGUGUAAAAUUGAUUCAGCAUUCCAUGCAUUUGCUUUAAAAUUUUAGUCCUGUGCAUACUGUGGUGUUUUUACUGUGCAUAUUUGAAUUUUUCAUGCAAUUUUCUAGAGCAAUAAUCAGUGGUGCUUUUGUACCUAGGUUUAUGUGAUUUUAAUGAAACAUGGAUAGUUGUGGCCACCUGCUGACUAUUUGUGGUUUAAAAUAAAAGGUUUUCUUGCUUGCAGAA